UCCCCGAAAACGUCCCGGAGGAGGCGAGGGGCGCCGGGCGCACCCACUGCGCCUGCGCGCGCCAGCUCGGAGGUCCCCGCACCCCCUCCCCCUGCGGUCGGUACUUGGUACGACCGGGCGGUUGGUGUCCUCUGUGGCUCCAGCCAGAGGCGGGCUUUUCAAAUCUUUGGCGGACUGGCACCUGCCUAGGUUGUGGCACUGGAGAUGGAGGGGCUGGCCCAGCGGGGUUCCAAGCUCGGCCUGGCGGGGCUUCCCGCUCAGCAGGACUGUAGCAUUCAAGAAAAAAUAGCUUUAGAAAUUCGGAUGCGGCAAGGAAUAUGGAAACUCCUCUCUCUGAGCACUCAGAAAGACCAGAUUUUACAUGCGGUGAAGAAUCUCAUGGUGUGCAAUGCUCGAAUAAUGGCUUACACAUCCGAGCUGCAGAAAUUAGAAGAGCGGAUUGCAAGUCAAAGUGGAAGAGGGUGUUUUCCUUUCGACAGUGAUGUGAACUUUGAAAGUAAAGAACGAACAGCGUGUAAAGGAAAGAUUGCCAUAUCAGAUAUUCGAAUACCACUAAUGUGGAAAGACUCUGAUCACUUCAGCAAUAAAGAACGAUCACAGCGUUAUGCCAUUUUUUGUUUAUUCAAAAUGGGAGCUGAAGUUUUUGAUACCGACAUGGUAAUUGUUGAUAAAACAACCACAGAUAUAUGUUUUGAAAAUGUAACUAUAUUUAAUGAAGCAAAGCCAGACUUUCAGAUAAAGGUGGAAGUAUAUAGUUGCUGUACAGAAGACUCUUCUAUAACCAAUACACCAAAAAAAUUAGCUAAGAAACUGAAGACAUCUAUAAGUAAAGCUACAGGGAAGAAAAUAAAUUCAGUGCUUCAGGAAGAUCGUGAAACGUGUUUGUCCUUCAGUUGUGCUAUUUCUGGUGUAAAGUAUAAUUUGCUAGCUCACACUACACUGACCUUGGAAAGUGCUGAGGACAGUUUCAAGACCCAUAAUCUGUCUAUUAAUGGAAAUGAGGAGUCUUCGUUUUGGCUUCCCUUAUAUGGCAACAUGUGCUGCCGGUUAGUCGCCCAGCCAGCUUGCAUGGCAGAGGAUGCAUUUGCAGGAUUUCUUAAUCAGCAGCAAAUGUUAGAAGGUCGGAUUAGUUGGAGACGGUUGUAUUGUGUUUUGAAAGGAGGUAAACUCUAUUGUUUUUACACUCCAGAAGAAAUUGAAGCUAAAGUGGAGCCAGCUUUGGUGGUGUCCAUUAACAAGGAGACCAGAAUUCGAGCAAUGGAUAAGAAUGCCAAGAAAACCCAUAGCUUCUCUGUCGUCAGUCCCAUUGCUGGAGAGGCAGUAACUCAUAUUUUUGUAGCUGACAGUAGAGAAGAUCUUCAGAAAUGGAGGGAAGCCUUCUGGCAGCAUUUCUUUGAUCUUAGCCAAUGGAAGCAUUGUUGUGAAGAACUUAUGAAAAUUGAGAUUAUGUCACCACGGAAACCACCUUUGUUCCUGACAAAAGACGCGACCUCAGUGUACCAUGAUAUGAGCAUUGAUUCACCUAUAAAACUUGAAAGUUUAACUGACAUAAUACAAAAAAAAAUUGAAGAGACAAAUGGGCAGUUCCUUAUUGGUCCGCAGGAAGAAUACUCACCACCUCCUUGGGCCACACUCUUUGAUGGUGACCAUGAAGUGGUCAUCCAGAAGAAGAUACUGUCUUCUGCAAGCAAGCAGGUACCCGAUGGGAAAAGGAAAAAGAGACAAGCUCCCCUUCCCCCUUCUGAUAAAGCUCCAUUCAGCUUAAAGACACAGAGCAGCACAGAUCAAUCGGUGAAGGACAACUGGGAAAAUACAGAUUCAUCUCAGACCUCCUCUUUGGAUACCAAACUAUCAACCCUAAUGCAUCACUCACAGAAACCAGUGGCUGCUCCUCGAAAACUGCCUCCUGCCAGGAAAAGCAGUUUAACCAAUGGUGAACACUCGGACACCAAAACUGCUUCUGAAGCCAAGCCAAUGCCUGCUCCAAGGCAGAAAUCGAUCAAGGACAUUUUGGACCCUCGAUCAUGGUUGCAGGCAUAAAUACAGAAACCCCUUAACUCUCUAAGACAUUAACAAAAUCUGUAACUGUGAGGCUUGAUUCAGAAGCACUGUAGAUGUAGUAAUAUGGAAUUAUGUAGGUAAAUAAGAUAGUGAUUUAAAUCAAUAAUUAAUAAGUUAUAAGGUAUAAAUGUGUUUUAUAAUGAAGAAAUGAAUUUCUCAUUUACUUCUGAUUUUCAUAAUAUGAGUGAUUUCCCCAGCAGAGUGCAAGAGGCACUCUCUAGACAAUACCCUAAUUGUUGGAAGGGUUAAUUUAUUCCUAAAUUAGUACCAGGCAGUGAACAAGAACUAGGCAGAAGAAAGCAUUAAACUUUCUUUGGGGAGAGACUGUCUAGUAAUUUAAAAUGUGUUAAAUAUGAGCCAUAUUCUCAUUUUGAGAAUUUUAACACUAAUGGAAUUUUUCAAAGUUUUGUUCAAACCACAAAUUAUAGAAUUCACCCAAGAAAAUUUCCUCUCAGCAUUCUGGAAUUCUCAUCUAAUGAUUCACUGGCUCUCAUCUAUUGUUUAACCCACUUAGUUAACUCACUGACCUUUUAAAUUCCUGGGAUAAAUUUGGGAUAUUAAAUUCUUCAUCUUUAAAGGGAAUUUGUAAUGUGCUAUUCAGAGUUGUCUCUUUGAUGAGCCCUGAAAUCCUGUAGACAUUAACUCUCAUAAGUGAAGCAUACACUUAUUAGUUUAGAGAAAAGGUAGAUGAAAUGUUCUUUCAUUUUUCUAUGCAUAGUACUGAUUUCCAUUGUUACAUUGGAAUUUAGGGAAGUGAGUAGCUGAUUAACACUUUAAAAUUUAUUUAAUACUUAUUUUAAAAGCAGGUGGUCAAUUCAAAAAUAUCAGAAAAGUGGCCCAUGAUAAUAACUUUCAGAAUUAAUCCCCCUUUUAAGAAUUUUAAUUAGACUUUCUUUUUCUAGCAAGGAUUGAUGUCUACAAUUGAUAUGAUUCAUUAAAAAUCAUAUUCUUACAAUAAUGACAUCAGAAUUAUUUCCAUAGGAGGUAAUUUCCAUAGCAAUUAAUCAUAGUGACCGAAACAGAAUUAUGAAAUCAAAUAAGCAAGAGAUUGAAUACCUCACAAGAACAAGAACAUUUAUUUUUUUAUAAUAAUACUUUUUGUAAACAAGAGCUGAACAGAAUCUAAUCAGAAUUUCUAAAUAAAACAGUUUCCAUAAGGUGUCAGCAACAGCCCUAAAAAUCCCAAAUCACAGUGAACCUUAAAUAUCAUUGCAAGAAAUAAGAAUUAAAUUACUGCCCUGCAUAUAAUCUCUAGAGAUCUUUUUAGAGCCUGUAAGAACUCUAUUUGGAUCAGAACUACAUUAUUACAAAGUAAAAUGAACACUUGACAAAAAUAACAUUAAUUUAAAUGGAGCCUUUGGUUAUUUUUAGGUAGCAAAGUCUUUCUUCAUUUAUAUAGAAUGAUGUAACUGCCAGGUUACUUUUGUGUUUGCUCAGGACUCUGGUUAGAAUUAGGACUCCAGGGAGCAGUGAUACAAAAGGUCUCUUGUGACUGGCGACAUCAGGACAGACAUAGUAUUUGAUGAGAAGGAAACCCUAUAUACUUGCCUGAUAGAAUUUAGAGACAAUCACACGCAUAAAAACCUAAGAAGGUAGGAUUAAUUUGUUUUUUCUAACUAGAAGGCUCUUGUAAGUUUCUGUUGUGAUUGCCAAUUUAGUAAAUGGCAUAUUACAAAUCUAAAGGAUAUAAUUAUUUGAAUUGUUAUUCUUUAAACCUCAGUGCUGUUUUUGACAGCAUUCUUGACUGUCAUUGCUGCAGAAUUAUUGAGUUAGAAGGUGCUGUAGGCAAAAUUGUUUCUGAAACUGGUAUGUAAGCAUUUUUUUAAGCUGAAGCCUGCCUUAUAACAAACCAGUGUUAAAACUUCCAAAUUAUAUUCUUGUCAUUUCUCCUUAUGCAUAUUAUAUCAAGAAGGGUUUAAGUUGUACAGGAAAGAGAAUUUAUUCAUAGAGAGAUUACCUAGCAGUUGUUCCCUCAGUGGGACGCUUUGAAACAAGUCUGAGGCCCAAGCUCCUAGACUCCCUUUAGGUGAAACCUGACCAAGGACUACCUCCCCCGCCCACAUUAUUCAGGCCGUUUCCAGGGGCCCAUUUCACUGUAUGUUACAAAGCUUUUGAAAUUGGUCUGAAGUCUUCAGCUGCACUUCCUCUGGAAUUGUGCUCAUUAAAUGUCAGUGCAGUUCUCCCCAAAAGGUCUAAGUUGAAGUUGGCUCUCCCACCUCCCUCUUUCCCUUUUUCUUUCCUUCCCUCCCUUCCUUUCAGUUUCAAAAAAUCUGAAAAACUAAAAAUAGUUCAUUGCCCUGGCUGGUGUAGCUCAGUGGAUUGAGCACAGGCCUGCAAACCACACAAUCGCAGUUCGAUUCCCAGUCAGGGCACAUGCCUGGGUUGCAGGCCAGUUCCCUGCAGGCCACUUCCCAGCAGGGGAUGCACGAAAGGCAACCACACAUUGAUGUUUCUCUCCUCCUCUCUCCUUCCCCCCUUCCCCUCUAAAGAUAAAGAAAUAAAAUAUAAAAAAAAAGAGAAGAAGUUUGCUUAAAAAAAAAAAGUUCGUCAAAAGAAGUAUUUGUUUUCUCAUUUCCUAAACCAGAAGUUUAUUACAGAGAAAAAUAUGCUAUGUAAUGAAAGACAUUUCAGCUUUUUAUGAGAUGGCUUUUCACAUUCCUUGUUUGUCUUCUCAUUUUUUUCUUGGUAUAUGAAGGCUAUAAACUUGAAACAAAGAGUUAGCUGUCAUAUCUUGGUAAUAUAAUUGGAGAAACAUAAUAGAAUAUAUGUUUCAGAAUAUAAUUCUAAUGAUCUGAAAAAAUAGUUUAGAAAAUUUACAUUUCAAGCUCUGGGAUAUAAAUUACAACAGCAUUAAGAUAUUAUGUUUAAUUGCUACAAAGUGGUAACUUUUAAACAAAGGACAAAGAAGCCAUUUUGUUAUAAACACCUUCUAAGGUAAAUAGUCUUUCAAAAUAUCAUGCCUGCCAACUCUUGGUGAGUUUUAUUAAAUCCUUCUCAACUGUCUUCAGUGCCCCAACUUUUUUUAAAUGGAUGUGCCUGUCUGUCAAAACCUAAAUCUACUCAUUAUGAAUGUUACAUCUUUACCCUUUCAGACCCUACAAAAUGUGCUUAACCUGGUACUAUUUACUAAAAAUGGAAGCUACCUUAUUUAGAGACAAUUCAUGUACGAUAGGUUAAAGAGUAAAAUAUUUCUUUAGGCUUAGGUUCAGCAUCUGAGCCACCUACCAAGAAGUUAAUUAAUUCAGUGCAAAAUGAAAUUAUAGAGCAGUUUGGUAGAAUUUCUGCUGAAUGCCACUUGAAUGUAAUCACCUGUGUUAGCGUGAACGCGGAGAACCUUCCCAGAUGGGGGUGGAGCGCAGCAGCGUGGAGAAGGGCUUUGGCAAGGAGAAUGUCCGCUCCCGUGGGCCAGAACUUAUUAAAACCUGUUCCUUUUUAAAGAGUGAAUUAUUGAACAGUAAUUAAACUUUAACUGAUGACCAUUUGUAUCCUAGUAGUUGUUCCCAGUGUCUAUUUGUCUGGAACUAUAAUGCAGAUAGAGUUGACUUGUUGUACUUAGAUUCCAAAGAUAGUACAACUUUCAAAUGUUUACUUGUUUAUGUGUUACUACUUCAUUGCUAAUAAUAGUUAUAUGAAAACAGUUUAUGACAGAUCAUGUAUAUUCUUAGUUACUAGAAAAGAUGUUACCUUUGAGUUUUUAAAAGACGAGAUUUCUUUUGAAAA